AUGUCAGAGUCUCGAGAAGCUGUAGAAGCUUACAAACAACGGCUAAAGGAUAUCGAACAACAGACUACGGAGUUGCAAGAACUGUUUAGUGCUGACCAGUCAAUGGUAGAUGCUGAACAGGAACAAGAAAAGCAGGAUAUAGACAGUAGGUCGAUCUAUGUGGGUAAUGUUGAUUAUGCUACUCUUCCUGUAGAACUACAACAACACUUUGUUAGUGCAGGUGAAAUCAAUCGAGUCACAAUUAUGAAAGAUAAAAAGACAGGAAACCCCAAAGGGUUUGCUUACAUUGAAUUUGAACAAAUCGAUUCAGUGGAUAGAGCCAUUGCAACUUUAGAUGGAAGCACUUUCAGGGAUCGAGAAUUGAAGGUGGCAGCGAAAAGAACAAAUAUACCUGGAUUAAGUUCUCGAGGAAGAGGUUCCAGAGGUCGUGGUGUAACAAGGAGUCGUGGAAGGGCUCGAGGUAGAGCCGGAUUUAGAGGUUCAUUCAGAGGAAAAGGAGGGUUCAAUCCUUAUUAA